AUGGCAGUUUUUAGAAAGAAGGUAUUUAACAUUAUUAAUAAGAUGCUUUCUAGUAAUAAGAAUUCUAUAUGGAGGUUUACACAUUUCUAUCUUCUCUGUUGUACUUCGAAAUCCUUUUAUAAUAAAGAUAAAAUUUCAGGUUAUGCUGUCUGUAGCCAUGACCAACUAGAGCCUGCAAAUUCGGCUCUAUCCAAAUAUAUGAUUAAUUCUGCAGAAGAUGAUGCGUCUAAAUCCAUCCACACAUGCCCUUCUAUAUGCAAUGUUGCUCUAUUCGGCAGCAGCCCCGUGCUAGAGGAAUUCAGCACAAAAGAAAGCCAAAAAAGUGCGGAUAUAAAAGAAACAGAAGAACACGCUACAUCAACAAAAUUAACAGCAAACACAGAAGAAUUUUCAAAACCAGAACUAUUAAACUCACUAAGCAUGGAAGAUACCUAUCCGGAGUCAAAUAUACUGCUAGUGUGUGAUAUUCCAAAAAAUCCAAAUGCCACAUAUAUACAAAAUACUGAAGCGCUAACCAAAGUAGUUGAAUGGAUAAAUUUGCAGGAAAACGUGAAUGCUGUGAAAGUACAUGCUUUAGACUGGGUGGCAAAUUGGAUAGAUUCUCAUAUUAAAUGGCCAAAGCAAUAUAAGUUUAGUAAGCCCGACACAUACAUUCUAGCUUGCUUUCCAAUUAAAUCAGGAUAUUUCAUCUCUGGGAGCAUCACAAAGAAGUUCACUGGCUUUAAAAAGCUACCAAACAUGGAAAUCAAAUGUAGUGUUUCAGGAAAAGCCAAAAGAGAAUUUAUUAUUUUAGGGAAUAUAGUGUAUAAACUGAACGUACAGGUGUUAUAUAAUAAUAAUGGCGCCGGGUUAUCUAAAUGCCUAGAAUAG